AACCUCUUCUGAAGAGCCGUCUUAUUAGAGGACUUGAAACCAAAGCGUGGCACCGAAAGACUGAAACGUGACAAAGAUAUUGCAGCUAUAGAAUGAAAAUGGAUGUUACCUUGGUGCUUAUGGCCUUUCUUCUCCAAGGGUUGCAGGAGGCCGAAGCCAUAGUGGUGACUGCAGUGGAGGGACAAGAGGUCGAAAUUAAAUGCGUGCACUCAAACGCUGCCUCCAAUGUGAAAUAUUUCUGCAGCAGACCCUGCGGAGACGAAGACGUCCUGGUGACCAGCAAAAGGCCACACAAAGACGGGAAAUUCAGGAUCAGGGAUAAGGGAAACACAUUCUAUGUGACUGUCUCUAAACUGAGGCUGGAAGACUCAGGAACCUACUGGUGUGGAAUAGAAAGAGUCGGCGUCGACACGUACACUCAGGUGGACAUCAGAGUCAGAGAAUCAAAAAGGGAGGACAGUCAGUCACAGAGUGCUCUGACCCCCAAGGAGCUGUACAUCGGGACAGGUCUGGGAGUGGUGGUGCUGGCUCUGGUGGUAGCUCUUCUCAUAUUCUUCAGACAUCGAAAGAAACACAUCGGCCCAUCUCAAGAAAAGGGCCAACCGAUGGUUCAAGCAAUACCGUCCACACAGGACCAGGACAGACACCCGGACGGCGCCGCGCCCUCAACCGGCCAGAAACACGGAGCGUUCAGCAGCGCCAACAGCACGACGGAUCUUUACUCUGACGUAUCACCGGAGCCUCAGACUCAACAGGAAGCUCUGUUUUACUCCACUGUGAGCUUCAACAAACAUGCAGACUGCAGCGCCGCGACGCCGCCUGACCCAAUGACCACGUACACGACCAUUGAACUCAGAUCUACAGACGAGUCAGCCGUCUACUCCAACGUCUGAAUAUCCAGCUGUCUGCCAUACUGACUUUUGAGGAGAGUUUCAGGGAAAUUAAAAGUGAAACUGCAGUAUUUAUCACUAACAUGCCAUGAGAACCAUCUACAAUCAUAAGAAAGUGUAUCAUUCCCACAACUUUUACAUUAUUAAAUACAAUGCAGUAUAAUUAUUAAAUUAGUUUUUUUUUCUAUUGUUGUGCUUUCAUAUUUUUUUUUUUUUUUUUUUUUUUGUACAAGUAAUCCAUGCCUUUAUUACGUCCCGGCUGGAUUACUGUAACUCACUUCAUGUUGGAGUCAGCCAGUCGUCCCUCGCACGUCUCCAGCUGGUCCAGAAUGCUGCAGCGCGGCUACUAACUGGAGAACGUAAGAGGCCGCACAUCACUGCGGUCCUGGCCUCCCUCUGCUGGCUGUCUGUGCACUUUAGAGCUCAUUUUAGAAUUAUUUUAUUUGUUUUUGUUUUUUUUAAGUCUCUGGGCUGCUUCAGCCCUACACUCCUCCUCAGGUCAGUGGAUCAGCUGGUCCUGGAGGGACCCAGGUCCAGGUGUAAGCUCAGAGGGGACAGAGCUUUUCUGCUUUGGCCCUGAGCUGUGGAACGAGCUGCUACAGACAGGCCCCCUCACUGUCCAUUUUCAAGAGGGAUCUUCAGACAUUUUUACUCUUUGUCCUUUAACCCAGUAUGAGACGUACUCCCGCUUUAGUGUCAACAAUUUUAUUUUAUUGUAUUUAUAUUUAUUUUUAGAUUUUCUUGCCCAUGUGCAGCACUGUGUUGCCAUGAUUGUUGUCUUAAAGUGCUUUAUAAAUAAAGCUGAGUUGAGCUGAGUUGAAUUACAGCAUAAUAAAUGAUAGUUGGUUCUGAGCA